AUGAAGACUCAUCGUGCCGCUAAGCAUGUAACAGCGCAUCGUAUACUGUUGGAGCGGUUAUCUUUACAACCCGGUGAGGUGCUCAGAGGAAUUGUAGAGGUUUGGGUGGAUGCACCGCUGGGAUAUUCGGUACUGGAGGUUGUGCUGCUUGGUCAGGAGUUUACGCGUCUGAAGAGCUCCUUCGGAAAAAUCCUUGGCAAAGAUGCUGCCAAAGCCACAUAUUACAGGCAGCGCGUCGUCGUAGCGGGAUGUCCCGGCGAGAAUUCGCAGGUAUCCGUUGUUUCGGAAGGUGGCGGGAAUCCGGAGGGUGCCAAUAGCGAUGAGUGGAGUGACUUCAAUCGAUCACCGUCGGUAAGUGAUGUGGAAUUAGCGGGUAUUCAAUCGUCAGGACUGAUGCCCGGAACCUACACAUUUCCCUUCAAAGUGAGGCUCCCCUCCGCACUACCGCCUACUCAUGAGUACCAUAUACGAGGAAGUGCUUCAAGGCUGAAAUACACUGUAACAUCGACGCUGCUCUCGAGAGGCCGUCUGCUCUCAACAACCGAUGCACCAUUCAGUGUUAAGGCACUCCCGCUGGAUGAGUCCCGUUGGAUGAAUGCGUACUUAAAAACCGUUCCAAUGUUUGAUGGAAACGUUCUUCUUGUCAGUGACGCUGCCUCUGGGACCGAAGAAGACCGGUGGGCAUCUUUGAGCGGGCUUCAAGGGACUAACUGCAUUUGCAUGAAUCACAACAUGCCGCUUUACGCACCCAACGAAUGUAGUGGCUCCAGUGAUUCCGUGACCGAUGCCGGUGGGCUCUUAACGACUACCCCGUUCGGUGCACCGCACCCUGCGUCGAUGGAUCCAUUAAGGUCUCAGCUGGUAAAACCUUCAGUGAAUAACUGGUUGGAUGGUGCCAGCGGCGUCAACACCAAUGAGGAUGCAACCGAGGACCAGAAGAGUGGGCAUGGCACUGAGGACGCACUACAACCGCGGGCAUCUGCGAAUGAGUCGGAACAAGGGAUGAGUGUUUUUCAACAAGCUGAUUCUUGUUCUGGUAAUAAAAGGGGGACUCAUCGUGGUGGUGACGAUUCGAAGGGCGGUGGUCAAGCAGCAGCUCCUGGAGCCAGCGAUGCUCAGAAUAAUGUUGAUGCCGCCGCGUGCCUCAAUCAACUCGUGCAGCGUGUCCGUCAAGAUGCGAGGUGGGAACAUCGUCUAGAGGUACCAAUUGAAGGGCUAUUUGGCAGGGGAAGUGUUACCAUCACGCUAUCUUUCGGGCGUGUGGUAUUUACCGGGGGCACAACUGUCCGUUUCCAUGGGUUAGUUGACAACGAACGGGGAUUAUCUAAUGUUUUGAUGAUUAAUUUUUCUCUUGUUACCCAUUAUCAAAUGAACUCACUCAUAGAAACCCGUCAUACCAGAAAUGUUAUUUCGGAGUGUUCACUGCGCCAGGUCGUUAAACGCGGGGAGGCGGCUCGCAUACCUCUCUGUACGCUAGAGGUGCCCCAAAACACUUCACCGACUGCUGUAACGUCGAACUGCAGCUGCCGUACGUUUCUUGAUGUUGAAGUUUUCUCUAUGCAUGGCCCCGGCACGCGGUCCGGAUCGGCAAGAACGGAGCUGUUGGUUGUGGACUCGCUCGCUCGUGACGAAAAAUCUUCCGACCGAAAAGGGAGAUGGUCAAACUAUUUUCAAUGUUAUGACCCUUUAAGGGGACAAAGUCGUAUAGACAUUGUUUCAUCGUAUGUGCUAAGUGGAAAGAUAAAUGUCAUCAAGAAGGAUGCGUGUAACGGUAAUGGGGAGCUACUGCAACCGCCAGAGAAACCCAGUCGUUACUGCAAAACGUGGAAACACACUUUCCGCCCCCAACUUGACUUUGUGAAUGCAACGUAUUAUCCGGACGAGUCCAGCGGUCACAACUCCCGGGGCAUCAACCCCCUCCAGAGCCUUUACUACACAGAAGGUUCAUUAACUGAGUAG